GCUUCCAUUUUUGUGCUGGAACACAGGAGCCCUCGUGAAGAAUACACAUUUGCUGUUCUGAAAUUGUCUUCUAAUGUAAACAGAGUUGUAAGUCGCGUGUAAGCUAUUGGCUAAACGAAACGUAUUUAUAUCUGGUUAAAGAGAGAUUUUUACCUCGCUGGAGGACACGUUGAAACUCCAGAGGAAAAGAGACGGGCAUUUUAUUCCCCAUUUUAACUUUAGUGAGCGGCGUUUUCCGCCGUUUUUUAUUCCCUCCCCUUACCCUCUCUCGCGCUCCCCCCUUGCGAGAGUCGCGGCCUGUAGUGCAGCCACGAGGCGUGUCGGACCACCGGGAAUCAGGCGAUGGCGGAGUUCGGUAACGGACUGGCAGAGGAGUCUCUGCUGGACUCAGACCCGGGUCACUCAGAACUUGAAGACCCAGGCGUCGGCGACGAAGAACCGGGAUUAGACGAGGGAGAGGCCGCUAUUGAAGAUCCGGAGCUGGAGGCAAUUAAAGCCCGUGUGAGAGAGAUGGAGGAAGAGGCAGAGAAACUGAAGGAGCUACAGAACGAGGUGGAGAAACAGAUGAACCUCAGUCCUCCACCUGCCGGCCCUGUUAUCAUGUCCAUUGAAGAGAAGAUGGAAGCUGAUGGGAGGUCUAUUUAUGUCGGAAAUGUGGAUUAUGGAGCGACUGCAGAAGAGUUGGAGGCGCACUUCCAUGGCUGUGGCUCCGUAAACAGAGUCACCAUCUUGUGUGACAAGUUUACAGGACACCCCAAAGGGUUUGCAUAUAUAGAGUUUGCAGACAAGGAGUCUGUCAGGACAGCCAUGGCACUGGAUGAGUCUUUAUUCAGAGGAAGACAGAUUAAGGUUGGGGCCAAGAGAACGAAUCGGCCUGGCAUUAGCACCACAGACCGCGGUUUCCCUCGGGCCCGAUUCCGCUCACGGGGAGGAAGCUUCUCAUCCCGGGCGCGCUACUACAGUGGCUACACACCCCCCAGAGGCAGAGGACGGGCCUUUAGGUUUCAGGACCAGUGGAGGCUGACUACCCCUCCUCCCGUGGCCGCAGCACCCCCUACUGUCUCGGCGGCAUCUCUCUCUCUUUCUGCUCCCGCUAUGCACACUCACCCCAUCCUCUCUGUGUGGGGGGGCGGGGGAGGGGGACAGGGGGACCACCGGCCCACUGCGGGAGGCAUUUAUUAUAAUAACAAGCGCUGAGCUUUUAACAACAUGAAUACACUGAGAUGCACCAGGCCCAUGUUAACACAUACACAUACACAGCGCAUACACGGCACACUUCCACCACACAAAUUUAUAUUGUGAAAGGCAGAGCCAUGAUAGAGCAAUAGCUAGAGCAAUUGCGAUUGAGUGAGAGAGAGAGGUAGGACCAGAAAGAGGAUGAAGGGGAGGGUUCUUCUAGGGCCUUGUCUUUCUCAGUGUCCAGUGCAGUUAGGGCACAAUGGAACACUAAUGCGUGGGCUACAGGUAUCAGUUACUUAAGGAGGGGUUCAGAGCUUUUAUUUUGGGGGGAGGGAGGGAGAUUUGUGUGGAGAGGUUUUCUCUGUUUUCAUUUCUUGUUUUCCCUUUUUCAGAUGGGGGGAGUGGGUAUGGAAGAAAAGAGAAAAUAUGUUUUCCUUUUUUAUUUUAUUUUUAACCCAUGAGUCUGUAAUUAGAAAAAAAAUAAAAGACAUUGUGUAAAAAGUA